AUGGCGGAUGGUGGUGACGGGUACUCUCUCUACAACUACAAGCCAAGUGUAGCGGCUAGUGUCGUUUUCGCAUUGGUGUUCGGAAUCAGUGCAGGACUCCAUGUGUGGCAAGCAUUUGUGAAAGCCAAGGCCUGGUUCUUUACGGCCUUUAUCAUUGGCUCCUUCAUGAUGACAUUCGGAUACAUAAGCCGUGCCGUCUCUGCCAGAGACCCAAAUAGCCUCGGCCCGUACAUCAGUCAAUCCCUGUUGAUUCUGCUCCCACCAUCGCUCUACGCAGCCACCAUCUACAUGUGCUACGGACGAAUCGUGAGAUGCACGCAACAACCUGAACUGUCCAUAAUCGCACCGGCAAAAGUGACCAAACUCUUCGUCAUUGGAGACGUCCUCGCCUUCCUCUUACAGUGCAGCGGCGGAGGGAUGAUGGCGAUAAACGGCUUGGGCAGCAUCGGCGAGAAGAUUAUCGUCUUCGGCCUAGUGAUCCAGCUGCUCUUCUUUGGGUUCUUCUUGUACGUGUCGGUCAAGUUUUCAUUGCGGAUUCGCAGCAGCCCGGCCAGGGUGCCAGGUGGGCCUUGGAAGACACUACUUUACGUUCUCUACGUCAUGGCCGCCCUCAUCAUCUUUCGAUGUGUUUAUCGAAUCGUUGAGUUUGUGCAGGGACAUGACGGCUACCUUGUUUCGCAUGAGAUCUAUAUGUAUCUGUUUGAUACCAUCCCGAUGCUGCUGGUGCAACUUAUCUUCCACAAGUGGAAGCCAUACCACAUGCUGUACACGACCGAUACUGCGCUAGGAGGCGGUGAAAGCUACGUUAAUCUACACGGGCUUCACUAA